ACAGAGUCGCUCGUAUGAGCUUACUCAAGAGCAUUGCGGCUGAGCGGCAUAGACCUGAAAGUUGCCAUAGCCCUGAAGGCCAAAAGCAAGAGUGGCAUGCUGCAUGCAUCAUCAGUCGGGCAUAGACAAGACAGACACGAUCAGCUGCGAAGGUGAGAAAUGAGCGUCGUUAUAGAGCUAUUUUUGCUGGGCUCGGGAGCGAGCUGUUGGUUCCUUCUACAAGGAAGUAUAGGAGCAGAUACUGAACUGCGUGGUCGUCAUCUGAAAUGUAGCCUCGCUUUCAUGCACCCGUUGUCUUUCGGAGGAAGAUCAGAGGUGUUUGGUAAUAGAAAGGCUGGUCCGUCUCGGCACGAUAUAAUCCUUCAGCAGAUUGAGCAUGGAGAAAAUAGCUCAGAGCUGUACACACUAAUGCCGUUCGUCGUCAUGACGCCCCCAGAGAUGCCCGCAAUAAACGCAAACAAGGGUCAAGUUCAACCACAAACAGGAGAGAGGGUCGGGUUCCCCAUCGUCAGCGCUCAGCACACAAUCAACAUCACACACCUUGUCGGGCUGGCUUGGGCUGGUCUCGUCCUAAUCAGGCCGUACCCGCAAGCGAGGAGAGGAUAGCACACCCCGGCAGAUCCGCCUCUGCGCGGAGGCCAAUGCAUUCCGUUUGGGUUUGAUCGAAAUGACGCCCUAGAUAACACCUCGAAAAGCCGGCCCAGUGAGCGGUGGUGUAAAAUAUCGUCACCGCCUUAGAAUCCCUCCUUCGUAAGAGUCAUGUCCGAAGAUGUGUUCCCUCUCCCAACCGUUGCGCGCCGCUAGCAAAAAGGAAAAUCGAUUUAGGCAGUCUCCCUCUUGCCCUCCUUGAACUCCUUCUGUA